AUGGGGAGGUCACCAGAAAAAGAUCCAUUACUUGGAGAGUCAAAAGAUCCAUAUAGUUUUAUGUAUCCAGGACAGGGUCAUUCAUCAACAUUAGAUAUAAGUGGAAUGGUUGAUGAAUUUGAAAGUAAUAGCGAUAAUAGUUACUAUUCUUCUUAUAACGGAUUAAAUGGUGGUGGUGGUGUUAAUGGUAGUAAUACCAGUAAUCAAAGUCAACAUAAUCAAAAUAAUAAUAAUAAUAAUAAUAAUAAUAAUAAUAAUAAUAAUAAUAAUAAUAAUAAUAAUAAUAAUAAUAAUAAUAAUAAUAAUAAUAAUAGUCCAAUGAUUUUUAGUCCACAUAAAGGUAAUAGUGGUAGUAUAGGUAAUGGAAGUGAUGAUAAUAAUAGCAAUAAUAAUAAUAAUAAUAGUAGCAAUAAUAAAAAGAAUAAAAAUCAAAAUAGUUUAGAGAAUAGUCCAAUACAAAGUGUUGGUAGCAUUGGUAGUGGUAAUAGUGAUAUAUUGAUUGGUACAACAAAUGAAAAGAUGGAUUUAUCAGGUACACCAUUAACAAAGAUUAAAAAAGUUGGUGGAUCAGGUGAACAUAAGAUUGGUCAAUUAUUUUCAACAGCAAUAUGUGGUAAUGAUAUCACUUCAAGUAUAUUCUAUACUGCGAGUAGUUGCACAUUAAGUGCGGGUAAAUAUGCGCCUAUCUCACUUUUGAUAGUUUGUAUAGUUUUAUAUUUAUUUAGAAAGGUGUAUGGUGAAGUUGGAUGUGCAUUACCACUAAAUGGAGGUGCGUAUAAUGUUUUAUUAAACACAACAAGUAAGCAAAUCGCAUCGGUGGCAGCAGCAUUGACGAUGAUAAGUUAUGUCGCUACGGCAGUGGUUAGCGCGUCAACAGCAAUGAAUUAUUUACAAAACCUGUGGCAGGAAUUGGAUGUGUUUUGGGCGACUAUUGGGCUAUUGGGAUUUUUCGCAUUGCUGUCAUUGAUUGGCAUAACCGAGAGUGCAGUGGUUGCAUUCAUUAUAUUCUCAAUUCAUAUGGUGACAUUGUUGAUAUUGGUAUUUGGCGGAUUUGGUAUUUUUUUUUAUAAACAUGAUUGGAGUGUAUUGGUUGGCAAUUGGAAUGACGUUAAUCCACCCGACCCCGAUGGGACACUACAAUGUGAACAGCAAUUUUAUUGGGGACAGAAUUUCGCAUAUUGUAUCUACUUUGGGUUUGGCUCAGCAAUGUUGGGUGUGACAGGAUUUGAAACGUCAUCAAACUUUAUCGAACAGCAAGACAAAGGAGUGUUUCCAAAAACUUUGAGAAACAUGUGGGCAAUUGUAACGUUUUUCAAUCCAUUAAUUAGCGUGUUAAGUCUUUGUUUCCUCGAUACAUGCACCAUAGUCAAUGCAAAGGGGUACGUAUUGGCAACGGUUGCAAACGAGAUAUUUGGCCAAUGGUUUCAUAUUUGGAUUAUAGUGGAUGCAGUUUUAGUUUUGUCAGGUUCGGUUUUAACGAGUUAUGUCGGCUUUGUGGGAUUGGUUAGAAGAAUGAGUUUGGAUCGUUGUUUACCCCAAUUCUUAAUCGAUAUCAAUUCAUGUAGGAAAACCACUCAUUGGAUUAUAGUAUUAUUCUUUUUAAUUUGUUCAUCACUUUAUGCGAUUGUUCAAGGCGCUCUAUCAACAUUGGAGGGUGUUUACGCGGUAAGUUUCUUGGGGGUAAUGCUAUUGUUUGCAGUGGGUAACAUGCUAUUGAAAUACAAGAGAUCAUCAUUGAAGAGAGAAAUUAAAGCACCCUGGUUAGGAGUUUUCUUUGCUUCCGCGUCGGUUAUAUUGGGACUAAUUGCAAAUAUCUAUAAGGAUCAUUACAUUGUUUUCUACUUUGGUAUUUAUUUCAUGGUCACAAUUUUCAUUAUCAUGGUAAUGUUUACACGUGCCCGUUUGUUAAAGAUGGUUUUAUUCUUUAGUCAAAUUGUAAUUUGGUGGUCAGCUCCAUUACGUGCAAAGGCUGCAAAAUCAAUAGGUAAUCAAAUUAAAAAUAUUAAUUCACAACCAAUAGUUUUCUUUGCUUCAAAAGAUGAUACUGCUUAUUUAAAUAAAGCGAUUCUUUAUAUUCGUGAUAAUGAACAAACUAAUUGGGUUAAAAUUAUACAUUGUUAUGAUGGUCAAGAUGAAGAAAAUAUUAAUGGUAAUCAUCAAAAUAAUCAUCAAAAUGUUCAAUCACCACCAAAUGAAUCAUCAUCAUUAUUACAACAACAACAACCACAACAGCAAAUAAUAGAACAAUCAAAUAAUGAAAUUAAGCAAAAUGGUAUUGAACAUAAUGAUCAUCAUAACCAAGAUGGUCAUCAUCAUAAUCAUCAUCAUCACCAUAACCACCACAAUCACCACCACCAUCAUCAUCAUCAUCAUCAUAAUAUAGUACGUGAAACACAUGAUGAUGUUGAUGACUCAUUCUCUCAACAUGUUCAAUUUUUAGAUGGUUGUUAUCCAAAGAUUAGAAUUGAUUAUAUUAGAGUUUUUGCAAACUUUUCACCCUCAACAGUUGAAAAAUUAUCAAUUUUAUUAAAGGUACCCAAAAAUUUCAUGUUUAUUGCGUGUCUAAAAGAAAAUACAAUUUUAAAUAUUGGUGAUUUGGGUGGAGUUAGAAUGAUUACAUCUUUUUAA